CCUAUGUAUCCCUCUCUCUUUUUUCCAGUCUGCGAAGACUUUAAGUUUUUUAAUAUAUCUCAGCUACAGGCAGCCAACCAGGUACACCUACAAGCAGCCAGCCAAACACAAUUGGCUAGAGAACUUGCCACGCUAAAGCCGACCUUCUUAUCUAGAAAUCUGGAGUUGGCCAUGCUUGUCUGCUCCACGUUUCGAGGCAAACUGUUUCCGUGCCCCCAUUGCCGUUACGUGACGGAUCGACGCAACAAUCUCAAGCGUCACAUUUCCACCAUGCAUCAGGCGUGUGACAAACAACUCGAAUGUUGUGGCGUGACAUUCGCUACCAAAGCUUCGCUUCGAGACCAUAUUGCCAUCUUUCAUCAUAACGGUUACUCUUGCCCUUUCUGUGGCCGACGCUUCUGCCGGAAAGCUUUGUUAAAAAGACAUCUCUCUGUUCAUAGCGGGCAAAAGGACUAUACGUGCCCGAGUUGUGACUAUGCCACAAGCCACAAAAGUAAUUUGGAACGUCAUAAAAGAAUACAUGCUAGACUUCAAAUUAUGAGCCCUGGUGGCUCGACAGAAGACUUGGUAGAUGAAAUGUCGGCUGAAGAGAGGUUAGGAAAGAACUUAGUGUCGCGGGCUGCCACUGCUGCUGACCAAGGCGAUGACAAGAUGUUCCUGUCGACAUGGCAUGGGCACUCUUCGCUUAGCCCGACAGAUGAUCUGGAAGAUUAUGAGGUUGAUAUUGAUGAUAACAUUAGCCAUGGCGUCGCUGUUGGUAGCGUCAACGACGUGACAAAUAACAACAUUAACUUAGUCACUGACGAGACUAAUGAUCCCAUUAACUUAGUCACUGAAUGUAAUGCUAGAGCUACCGGUAAGAUGGCGUCUCGCCUGUCACACGGGAUCACAGGUCAACCCAAGUCCUUGUUUGACCCACAUGACCCAUACGAUCACCACAUAAUACCCGCAUGA